AGGUUUCUUAUUUUUGCUGGGUACCUUCAUAACUAGCUUGCGCGAAAUCUGAAUAUCUUGUGAUAAUGAUCCAAACUGCGCUUAAUUGACUAUUGUCUUUUAUGCAUAUGGUGCAAAGUACAAGUUCAUAACUGCAAAACUACACAGGCAAGUACACAUACUGUCAUGUAGGACCGAAUUUCAAUGAUCAUAUGUUUCUUGCUGUAUAUUCUUGCUAGUAUUCAGUUGAACACUACAUUAGAGAGUCAUUCUGAUCUCAACCAAGUUGAUAUCUGUUACAUUUUUAGUUGGUAACCUACGAUUUUUUUAACAUUGCCACUUUCCUUUUGUCACAUUUCUUCUGCAAGAUUGUUCAAAAAAAAAACUUUUUUUCUGCAAGGGGGUAAUUUGAUAGAAACCUACAAUCUUGCUAAAUCUGAAGUCUCACUGAGAUAACAAAACCUGCAGUCUUCUGGUCUACUUUCUCCUUUUCAAGUUGUUUUUUUCAUCAGGGCACACAGUUUUUUAGAAGUUCUUUGAAGUAGCCAAGUAUUGAUCUCAAAUGGUGUAUUCAUCUUUUUUGCCAACAGUGGGCUGAUUUUCUGCCUACGUGCUGUUACUUAUGGUAAUUUGAUACUCCCUCCGUCCCAUAAUAUAAGACGUUAUUACAUCCAAUGUGUGAGUAUAUUGGAUGUAAUAACGUCUUGUAUUAUGAGACAGAGGGAGUAGAACCUUAACUGAACUGAAACUACAUCCUUAUACCCUGCCAUGUUACAGAUAUUAUCAGCCAGCACAUACUCCCUCCGUUCCAAAAUAGAUGACUCAACUUUGUAUAGUAUAAAGUUGGAUCAUCUAUUUUGGAACGGAGGGAGUACUAUACAUUAUUUGAAUUAUCAUUGUAUCCAGAAUGUUCGUGAAUUUUGAGGAUUAUUAAAUGAUUUUGGAGUUGCUGGUUUGUUUUAAAUUUUGAUCCCAAGAUUUCUCGGGUGCAGUAGGAUUUUUACUCUGCAAAAGGGAAUUGAUAUUUUGAUAGUAUAAUAGGACAUGGUAAUUAUUGGAAUGAGUACCAUUUUUGGUAAAACAUAUCAAUAAUGAAUUGUGCUACACUAAGGGACACUAGCUAUGAUUGCGUUCCAACUUUAAAAACCUUGGCAUCACAUUUCCGCAUUCCUAUCAACAUUUGUUUUGAUAAAUAUGAACUAGCCAACAAUGCUGGUCAUUUUCUGGGUCAAAAUGUUGGGUCAUGCUUGAAUCUUGCUGCUUUGUUAGAGUUUGUAGUCUUUCUGCUCUGCUGUUCCACAAGAGCCUUUGUGCUAUAUUAUCUGUCAUGUUAAUAGAAUGACUUAUGCUAUCAAGUGCAUACAAGUGCUGUUUUUAGAACGCAAACCUUGUAACCCUUGUCUUACCAAAGAUAUCGUCUGAAAUACUUGAUGAAUUUAUAAUUGUUCACUAUUGCUCAUAUGCAAAGCUAAAUCAACCCUUUAAACAUGUUCUUGUGCUUUGUCUAUCGAUUUCUGUGGUCUUUCCAUUGUUGUUAUAUUUGUUGUUAUAAUGGCUGUAGCUAUUCCUAACCUUUUUUCCCCCUCUUCUGGCCAUCAGUUCAAGUCUGUUUCUGGUGAUGAUGACAUUCCAAAGCGAGAUGAGAUUGGUGAAAGACGUCGAAAACACGAACUACGUGUUCUUGCUCGGGUAGGAACCAAUACGCGUGAAGAUAACAAGGACGGCGACGAUGAAGCAUCGGAGUCUGAAGAUGAAUUCUACAAAGAUGUCAAAAGGCAGAGGACCGAAAAGCGCUUGCGCAAAGAACAGAGCGCCCCUAUCAUCACUGAGCCGCUGGAGGAAGAAAGUGAAGGAGAUGGCAAGAGGAGGGGAAUCUCGCGCCAGAUCGAGAAGAACCGAGGGCUGACUCGCCCCAGAAACAAGAAGCUCAAGAACCCACGGACGAAAUACAGGGUCAAGAGUGAGAAGCAGCGUCUCAAGUGGAGAGGUCAAGGGCGUGGCGUGAAGAAGGCCUCUGGUCCAUACGGAGGAGAAAUGUCUGGCAUCAAUCCGAACGUCAGCCGUAGUGUUAGGUUCAAGGGUUGACGGCAUGCAUGAAAAUUUUGUUUGGGUUCAUUUGCGUGGGACAAUGAACAUUUCGUCUGAUGGUGAUUUGAGUUUGUAGUCGUAACAUUUUUCUGCAUUUGCACUGUUUAUACAGUUAAAAAUGUUGCAGCCGGUACGGUGGUUGCUUCAGAUGGUUGAUUGUGUUUGAUGAGGAUUGGAAGCAGAGGCGAGGUGGGGCUCAGUGAAAGUUUUUAGC